AUGGCUGGGAUCCCUUUGUAUUUUGUGGAUUUGCAGGAUGACUUAGAUGAUUUUGGGUUUGAAGACUAUGGACCAGAUUGUGAGAGCAUGAGGAUAACUGCUUUCCUGGACAUUCCAGGGCAGGAUAACUUAACUCCACUUGGACGUUUAGAAAAAUAUGCUUUUAGUGAUAAUAUAUUUAACAGACAAAUAAUUACCAGAGGUCUACUUGAUGUCUUUCGAGAUUUCAAUCAUAAUGAGGAAGAUUUCUUGACAGUUAUGUCAAUAGUGGUCCGGCUAUCUGAAGAUACAGAACCUACUGUACGGACAGAAUUAAUGGAACAGAUACCACCCAUUGCCAUUUUUCUACAGGAGAGUAGGCCUAACUUCCCUGCAGCAUUUUCCGAAUACCUUAUGCCUAUAGUGGUGAGAUACCUCACAGAUCCAAAUAAUCAGGUUAGAAAAGCAAGCCAGGAUUCACUGCUAAUAUUACUGGAUCAACAACUUAUUGCUCAACAUGAUAUUGAAAAUAAGGUGUGUCCAAUUCUAUUGGAACUUUCUGCUCCAGAAAGUGAUGAUGAAUACAAAGUGGAGGCAGUCAAUAUAAUCUGCAAAAUGGCAUCUAUGGUGAACAAAUCUACUCUUGAACGCUUGCUGCUUCCUCGAUUCUGUGAACUUUGCAGUGAUGGAAAACUCUUUCAAGUCCGGAAGGUCUGUGCAGCCAGUUUUGGUGAUAUAUGCAGCGCAGUUGGGCAAGAAGCCACAGAAAAGAAUUUGAUUCCAAAGUUUUUUGAGCUCUGCUCUGAUAACAUUUGGGGUAUGCGGAAAGCUUGUGCUGAAUGUUUUAUGGCUGUCUCCUGUACUGUUUCUCCUGAGGUUCGGAGGACCAAACUGUCUCCCCUCUUCAUCGGUCUCAUCAGUGAUCCUUGUAGAUGGGUUCGUCAAGCUGCUUUCCAAUCACUUGGUCCUUUUAUUUCUACUUUUGCAAACCCUUCCAGUGCUGGUCUUUAUAUUCGUGAGGAUGGGACGCUCAGCAUCCGGCCUUGUACUCCAUGCCCAGAUCACAGUGCAAAUUUAAAGCCAUCUAGAUCAGAGGAAUCAAUGGAAAAUAAAUUGGCAUCUUUGGCAGUGGAAUCUUCUUUUACCCCUGUGGUUUGUUCUGAAAUUUCACACUUGGAUGCACAGAAUCAAUGUUCAGCCAUACACAUCAAUUUUGGAAUAGAUCAGACUAUAUUACCUCAGGGAGAUGAGACUUUUUUAACUAAUGAUAUUAAAAACUGUCAAACCAACGAAUAUCAGGAAAUUAGCUCAAGAAUCCAGUCUGGACAGGAUGUGUUUAAUACUUUCUUAUACUGGCGACCGCCUCUUCCUGAUAUAAGCCAGGAUAUCGAGCUUCUUCAGGGAAAGACAGAGAGACAUGAGAGCACCUCGAUAUCAGAGGUACUUUAUAAUAACUGUGUUGCCAGCAGUGAAAUUAAAAAAGUUCUGCAAAGUUUACAGGAGCACAUGGAUGACCCAGAUGUUCAAGCUCAGGUUCAAGUACUGUCUGCUGCACUCAGAGCUGCCCAUCUUGAUUCUGUCGGUGGCUGUGACAGCAGGCAGAAUGUGGAAAUUAAUGAUACCUACCAAGAAGACAUCCCAAAUUUGGUCUGUACUUCCAGAACAGAUGAGAAUAUCUUAUCUUCAUUGCCAAGUCUGGCUGAUGUGAUUGAGCUACCUGAUCCAACUAUAAUACAAAAUGCGAGGUCAGAAGAACAACACAAUGAUGUCAACAAAGCUUUAGAGGCACAAGAGAAUGAUCCACGUCUUGAAGAAGAUAAAUCAAAAUUGCAGGACAUUAUACCUCAGCCUUUAUUGGAGCAGUAUUUAUCUAUGACAGACCCUGCUCGAGCACAGACAGUUGAUACUGAAAUCGCAAAACAUUGUGCCUACAGUCUACCUGGUGUGGCCUUGACACUUGGCAGGCAAAAUUGGCAUUGUUUGAAGGACACCUAUGAAACUUUAGCAUCAGACGUACAGUGGAAAGUCCGACGCACCCUUGCUUUUUCCAUUCACGAGUUGGCUGUAAUUCUGGGAGAUCAGCUAACAGCAGCCGAUUUGGUGCCUAUUUUCAAUGGUUUCUUAAAAGAUCUGGAUGAAGUACGCAUUGGAAUCCUCAAACAUCUUUAUGAUUUUUUAAAGUUGCAGACUGUAGCAAUACUGCAGAAGUUCUAUGCAUACAAUGCAACCUCUCUGGGAUUAAAUUUCAUUAAUGAGCUGAUUAUGAGAUUCCGCCAUUGUUCCAAGUGGGUUGGUCGACAAGCAUUUGCUUUCAUCUGCCAGGCAGUAGUUGAAGAAGAAUGCCUGCCUGUGGACCAGUUUGUUGAACACCUGUUGCCCAGCCUUCUAAGCUUGGCUUCGGAUCCUGUGCCAAAUGUGCGGGUUUUGCUUGCCAAAGCAUUGAGGCAGACAUUAUUGGAGAAAGCAUACUUUAGAAGUGUCGGGAAUCCUCAUCUGGAUGCGGUCGAAGAGGCUGUUUUGGUUCUCCAAGCAGACAGGGAUCAAGACGUUUCGUUUUUUGCCACCAUCAAACCAAAACUCAGUAACAUGCACAUCACGUUACUUGAAAAACAAAACUAGCAUUUUUUGUGCAUCUAGUCUAUGAAAUUAUUAUUCAGCUAACAAGUUCCUGCUGUGACUACUAACUCACCUGGUGGAAGAGGACUCUUGUCAAGGAAAUAAUGCAAUUCACAAGAAAAGGCCACGUUCUUAAUUCUGUUAUUAAAGUGAGAAACGCGUUUGUCCUUUUAUGUACAUACCACCUUGAUAUGGAAUACUUGUUUACUGUUUUUUUUAUAUAUAAUUAUGUUUUUUCAUGAAUAUGAGGAGUAAUGCUUAUCUCUAUAAAACAUCCAGCUAUAUGUUCAUGUGGUUAUGUGAACGUGCAUAUUUGCAGCUUAAACAAACUAAGAACAUGCCUUUCGAAACACACUGAUUCAAGUUACAGUGACAAACCAAGACAAUGCUUGGUUUGACUAAAAUUAAGAGCAUUGUUGGUGAACCUAAAAUAUGUGGGCCUCUUGCUUAUUUUGUUAUUAAUUGAACCACUGGCAUCCCCAUUUUAUUGUAUUACAUUAUUUAAAGCAUGAAAAUGUACUCGUCGAUAAAGAGUUCAGAAAACAAAUCUGUAAUUUGAAAAAAGGUGAAGUACAGAUUAAUGUUGGUCUCUUUAAGGCGAUGGCAGACAGUUUCAUGAAUGUUAAAAGAGUGUGGGAAAUUAAAUGAACUAUUCUUUGUCCUUCCUAUUCACCUCUAUCUUUGAUUGGUGCUAGUAUGUCUUCUGAUGAACACUGCUGUUUUCAAACAGUUACAUCUGAAGGAAUUCUUACAUAUUUUCUAGGGUAUAUUUCAUAGGAGACGGAUGCUUGGGCCUAUAAACUGUUAGAUUUCACUGCAGGACUAGGGCUGAC